GCUUGUGUCAGGUUUCAUUUCUUCAGACGGGAACGAUUCAUUUUGGUUCUGUGCAGAAGUCUCCACUGCAGCUGGGUCUCUUUAAGCACACGCAUAAAAAAUAACAAGUAGCACGCGUGGAUGGACAAACACAACUGAUUGUUUUGUUGUUUUGUUUGUCUUGUUUUGUUUUUCUCGCAAGAACAGCAUUCAACCUGAAAAACAGUCUUGUUACUACUGUAUAAAACAGAAGCAACAUGAAGAGCCACUUCAAGGAGAUCUUUUUUCAGGCUCUGCUCUUAAUCCACAUGCAGGGCCAGUCAGACAGCAGCAGCAACGUUGUGAUGGCUGGCUACAAUGUGAGCGCCCCCGCUGGCUCUAGCGUGACAUUACAGUGCGUAAGUGGCCGCAUGGUUUGGACCAGAGACAACCUUCGGGACAGACAGCGAGUGGUCCAUUGGGACGUGUUUCGGGCCCACGUGGACAACGGCAUGGAGAGAGUGCUGGACAUGUACUCUGUAGGAGAGCAGAGGAUAUACAACUCCUACAACCUGAAAAGAGUUGGCCUCAGCCAGAAAGCCUUUCAGGAUGGAAACUUCUCGCUGGUCAUCAAAGACGUGACAAUGAACGACAGAGGGCUGUACUCUUGUAACCUCCACCAUCUCUACUGCCACUUGUACGAGACGGUUCGAGUGCAACUGAACGUGACCAAAUCACGUCGUAAAGAGCAGCGCUACUGGGAUGGCCAGAAAGCCGUGUACGUGGUGCUACUGGGGAGCACUGUGGUGCUGCCUUGCAUCAACAGGAGAAACGUGUGGACAGACUGGAGUAACGAAGAGGAGGAUCAGCAGGUGGUCCACUGGGACCGCCAGUCCCCAGGAAUCUACCACGAUCGCGCAGACCGCUUGGUGGACCUGUACGCUUCAGGGGAGCAGCGUAGCUACGGACCCUCGUUCCUUCGGAAGAAGAUGAACAUCAGCAACCAGGCCUUUUCAGAAGGAGACUUCUCGCUUACCAUAUCUGAUCUGCAGGUCACUGACCAGGGGCUGUACUCAUGUCAUCUUCAUCAUCAUUACUGCGGCUUGCAUGAGAGGAGACAGUUUCAGGUCACCGUGGAACCACCGGUGAUUCACGUCACCGUCCCAGCUAAAGCUUUGCCAAGCGCAGACAAAGAUGCCAACAAAGGGGAGUCACCGCGGGUCAUCAACGUCGUCCUUCCCGACCACAGACAGCACUUUCUCUUGCCUCUGGGCUUCGUCCUCACCGCCUUCCUCCUCCUGGCGUUUGUCGUCCUCAUCAUCAUCCUCAUCACACGCAGACGUAGAGUAACAGAGAUAUAUUCAUUGGAAUCCACGAGGUCCAACAGAAGUCGUAGCAGCUCAGAUGAGUUUGAGAUGGAUGUUGCAGAGGCAUCGCUGCCCAUCCGGGAGCCGGAUGACAGACUGGACUUUAAGAACAACUUGCUGAAGGAGGUCAACAUGAACACGACAAGCAAAGUCAUUGAUCUGGAUAAAGAGAUGGAGAAGUGUCGCAAGUGAGAGAAGUGACAAUUGGGUCACUGGCUGGUCCAGAGGCUGCUCGUCACACCCACGCUGUUGGGCGUUCUGACAAGGGAGACUCCACAGAGAUGAAUGUGUGUCAUCCAAAGGACACAACAACAACCCAAGCCCACAUGUUUUCUUAAGGCACAAACACAAUGAAUGUUUUGUUCAUCAUGUCACGUACAUCCACGAUACUACAAGGUACCACAGUGCCACCUUGUUGUUAUUAUAUGGAGGUGCAAUACUGUAUUUGAAAUCAGGGCUACCCAUUUGGUACCGGGCCGCACAGAAACAGAUCAGCGAGCUGUGAGCAUAUUUACUCCAUCAGACAUCGGAAAUGUGCGCGACUCUAGCCAAACGCAGUCCUCCUUAUAACGUUGGUUUGCAAGUAGAGAUAAACAGAAUCCGCCAAUAAAUGAAAGAAGAACUAGAACAGAAGGUAAUCGUAACAAAUUGACCAAACGUACCGUACAGCUAAAUGGGCCGCCGACUGGCAGCCAUGACUUCCCAAGAUGAAGCUAUUUUGACAAGAGAAGUCCCCACCCACCCUCGCGGUUUCUCCAGAGCGACGCGGAGGAGGAAGCUGUUGUGCGUGGUCUGUCGUCAAAAACAAUGCAACACGAGAAACCUGUUGAAUUAAUUUGAACAAGUUGCACCUAGGUGAUCAAGCUGGAAGCGUGAAAAUGCGAGCAGAGUUUGCACAGCGCGCACACGUAAAAGAUUGCUAAUACAGUAACUACCAUGCAGCCACCGGAUGAUUUGCAAGUAGCAAUGAUGAUGAUGCUGAUGCUAACGCCGUAUGUAGGAUCAUAACUUUACAAUUAUUAUGUUUACAUUACAACGUGUAUUUAUUAUUCCUGAUUGGUCCAUUGUCCAUUCUCAGUAGUCUAUUGUGUUAUUUUAGUCUGCAUUUGUUGUAUAGCAGUUUGAAAUUAAUGGGGAAAAAAAGAAUCCAGGUUAAUCAAAUGUUUCAUUACUCUAAUUAUCUUCGUUGUCAGUACUGUACCAGUGCUUUAAAACUGGCCAUUUAAAAGCAGUAACAAGAUGUUUGCUGGUCCGCAAACAGCAUGUACCUGUCUCAACUGAUCCAUGACACAAGAAAAGUUGGGGACCGCUGUUUUAAAUGACGCCUGACUCAGUUGUAGGAUUAUGAAUUCAAUUUCAAUUACAGAUUUGAUGCAUCAAUCAAACUUACA